AUACAUUCUUCAGCGAAUUGUCGCCAUAUAUGAUAACACUUUUUGGCUAGAUACUCCUGAUAAUGUCGAUAUUUAUAUUUCAUUCCUCCAACUAAACCGAGUUUGCCAACACUGGAGAGACGCUAUAAAAGAGAGCCUCUAUACUAUCGCGAUUAUCUUGUACUGUGAGCCAACUGCUGACCAGCUACGUCUGUAUGGCAACACCUCUGAUUCCAAUCAGCUCGCAUCCAGAGGCAUGCAUCUCUCAACUUCAUCACCACAUCCCUAUUCUAUGGAGAACAAACACCUUGCAUAUUGUGAGAUCAAAGAAUAGUCACUACACUCAAAGGCUGGUUAUCUCAUCUCGAGCCUGUACCAUCGAUUAUUUGUCUCUUGGAGAUAUCCUUGGGGUUUUUGGAUUCAGCACUGUCGAGUGGCUUAGAUUGGAGAAAAUAUGUUUUAUUGAGGAUCCACAGGCGGCAAAGCAGGAUUCAGACACCAAACCUCCUAUAACUGAUGAUGUCAGAGAACGACUAUCGCAAACCUCACAAUAUUUCAUAACUCACAUUCCUCAUGGGAAGCAUUUGUGUCGUAGUGUAUCUAUGUAUCCAGUGAAGAAUCCGCCGUUAUUUCCACUUGGUGAUAUGCUAAACUUUUACUUGCCACGACUACAAACAAGAAUUAAAUCAAAUUUUAUACUUUCAGAACUGGGCAAUACAUGUUUCUCUUCAUACAUCGCUAGGUUGGAUCUGCACAUCAACACUAAGAGUGCUGAGGCAUCUACCUAAGAUAUUCGCACCUUCACUUGAAAUUUUAGCACUGUUUUAUUCCGAUAUCGCACAUUCAUGGCA